AUGCCCUGUGCUUCAUGCCAUUCAUCUUGCGACACUUGCAACGGUUCAGCGGAAUCACAAUGCAUCACUUGUCGUUCCGGUCGUUAUGCUCUCGAUGGUAAAUGUUUAAAUCACUGUCCAGACGGUUACUAUGCUGAUAAAAAACGCCAAGAAUGUGUAGCGUGUCCGACGGGUUGCGCCACAUGCACGAUCAAUGGUUUUUGUCUAACAUGCCUGCAAAAUUGGACUCGCAAUAAAAAAGGAAAAUGUAUCAUUACCGGUAGUGAAAAUUGCGAAGAAUCUGAAUACUAUGAUAACAACCAUUGUCAUCCAUGUCAUAGCACUUGUGAGACAUGUGAUGGACCCACCGAAUCAAAUUGUUUAAGUUGUCCCCAAAGUCUGCUGUUGCAAAACAAUCACUGCGUUAGCUCUUGCGAUGAUGGUUUCUAUAUGGAAGCUGGCGUUUGUGCUAAAUGUCUACAUACAUGUACUCAAUGUGUCUCACGUAUGAAUUGUACGGCCUGUGCCAAAGGAUUACAACUACAAAGUGGUGAAUGUCGUACUACCUGUGCCGAUGGUUAUUAUAGCGACCGUGGCACCUGUGCCAAGUGUUAUCUCAGCUGUCAUACCUGCAGUGGUCCGCGUCGUGAUCAAUGCGUUCAAUGCCCCAGUGGUUGGCAGUUAGCUGGUGGUGAAUGUCAUCCUGAAUGUCCCGAAGGUUUUUAUAAGUCAGAGUUUGGUUGUCAAAAGUGUCAUCAUUAUUGUAAAACUUGUAAUGGUGCUGGUCCAUUAGCUUGUACCUCAUGUCCUGCACACUUUAUGUUGGAUGGUGGUCUCUGUAUGGAAUGUUUAGGUUCACAAUACUACGAUUCACCAACGCAAACGUGCAAAACAUGUCAUGAAUCAUGUCGUUCUUGCACAGGACCCGGCCAAUAUUCCUGUCAAACCUGUGCCUUUCCCCUACAUCUAGAUCGUCUCAAUAAUCAGUGUGUACCCUGUUGUGCCAACGAUGCUUCGCCCGAGGAUCAAUCCUGCUGUCACUGUGAUAAAGAUACCGGUGGUUGUAUAAAUGCUUCGCCUGCUGGCAAACGUCGCAUAGCAGCCGCAGCCGAACAGCAACAAUUUGGUAGUUCCUAUGGCAAUAGUGGCGGUCUUUAUGGGAAUUUACUAGAUGAUACAGAUGGUUCGUCAACAGGUGUUAGUGGUUUAUUCUCACGUGUCGGUUCACCGUUAACAACUAUAACAGCUAUUGCGGUUGCUGCCUGUCUACUUAUUGUUACUGUAUUCGCUGUCAUAUUUGCCGUCUUACAGCGCUCCACAAACCACCCGGCCCGUAAAACAACUAAGUACAAUAAAAUACCCACCAAUGGACGUCGGAAAAAUCGUAUUACCUCAUCAAGUACUCUACUAAAAGUUGAUGCUGAAGCUAAUCUCGGAGAGGAGGAUGAAGAGGACGAAGAAGAAGAAGAAGAGGAAAUCGACUAUGAAAGACAAGUGCAAACACAGCAACAACAACAACAUGGUGAGAUAAAUAUCGAAGAUGAAGACGAUGAUGAAGAGGAAGAUUUAGAAUUAUAUAAUCUAAAUAGAAAUUCUAAAAAACUAGCACAACAUUCCAAAAAACAAACGGAAGAACUGAAUACAUUUGUGAGAGUGCCACUGAAGAAAACAAAAAGUCAAGAGCAAAGGGAAACACAAAGGACAUAGAAUUUUCUCAAAAAUUAAACAAAUGGCAUAAAAAUAUAAAGGUUUAAACAAUUUUUUUUU